CGGGGAGGAAGGCGGAAGCUGAGGACGAGCGACUUCGCCGCUUUAGACGCCGCCGGCCGCAGGUGCCACCAGCGGAUACCCUUCGACCACAGACUGCCGGCUCUCUAGCGGAGAGCGAAUGCGGUUAAUGCUGCUUUGCUGCACCUGGAAGGACGAACGAAUGGGAGAGGAGGAAGCUGGGGGGAGUUUGCCCAGGUGUGCAGGGUGCAAACAGAGGAUCUACGAUGAUCAGUACCUUCAAGCCCUCAACACUGACUGGCACACCUUCUGCUUCAGGUGCUGUGAGUGCAGCAGCUCGCUGGCACACUGGUACUAUGAAAAGGAUGGACUGCUCUUCUGCAAAAAGGACUACUGGGCCAAGUUCGGGGAUCUCUGCCACGGCUGCAAUGACCUUAUCACCACUGGCCUCGUUAUGGUUGCCGGGGAACAGAAGUAUCAUCCAGAGUGCUUCACCUGUCUGAACUGCAGGACGUUCAUCGGUGAUGGAGACACUUACGCUCUGGUGGAGAGAUCCAAACUCUACUGUGGUCACUGCUACUACCAGACCGUGGUCACGCCCGUGUCUCUGCCUGACUCGCCAUGCUCGCACAUCCCUCACACGGUCACGCUGGUGUCCAUCCCGGCCUCGGCAGAGGGUACCGGGCGCCGGGGGAGGGGCUUCUCCGUGGCUAUCGACCAGCCGCUCAGCCCCACGGACGAUUACAUUCCGGAACACGGCCGCACCGUCCGGGUCUCCCAGGUGGAUGCUGACUGCAUCAGUCCGGAUGUGAAAAACUCUAUCCAUGUUGGGGACAGGAUCCUAGAAAUCAACGGGACGCCUAUUCACAACGUCCCCCUGGAUGAGAUCGACCUGAUGAUCCAGGAGACGAGUCGGAGGCUCCAGCUCACCAUAGAACACGACCCUCAUAGUCGGGGGCAGGAGGGCGGCUCUUCUCCAGAGGCGGGAGAGCAGGUGGAUGGUCCACUGUGGACGCCGCUGUCUGGCGUCCCCAGCCCCGUCCUGCCCGUCACCCAACCCCCACUCCCUGACGUCGGCAACCUGAAAUCUCGCAUAGUCACGCGAAGCUACAGUAUAGACAAGUCGCCGGGCGCCAGCAAAGCGGCGUCCCCCGUCUCACCGAAGAAAGAUAUUAAUCGCUCCGAGUCUCUUCGAGUCGUCUCUAACCGGACGCACCGCAUCUUCCGCCCGUCCGACCUGAUCCACGGAGAAGUGCUGGGGAAGGGAUGCUUCGGACAGGCCAUCAAGGUGACCCACAGGGUGACGGGCGAGGUGAUGGUGAUGAAGGAGCUGAUCCGCUUUGACGACGAGACACAAAGAACAUUCCUGAAAGAGGUGAAGGUGAUGCGGUGCUUGGAGCACCCCAACGUGCUCAAGUUCAUCGGCGUCCUCUACAAAGACAAGCGCCUCAACUUCAUAGCCGAGUACAUCAAGGGAGGCACCUUGAGGGACAUCAUCAAGAAAAUGGAUAGCAACUACCCUUGGAACCAGCGGGUCAGUUUUGCCAAGGACAUAGCUGCAGGGAUGUCAUAUCUUCAUUCCAUGAACCUCAUCCACCGAGAUCUUAACUCCCACAACUGUCUCGUCCGGGAGAACAAUGCGGUGGUGGUGGCAGACUUUGGCCUGGCUCGCCUCAUGGUGGACGACAAACACGAGGAGAAGUUUACACAAGGUAAACUGUCAGGUUUGAAGAGGCCCGAUCGCAGGAAGAGGUACACCGUGGUGGGGAACCCCUACUGGAUGGCUCCUGAAAUGAUCCACGGAAAGAGUUAUGAUGAGAGGGUGGACAUCUUCUCAUUUGGUAUCAUGCUCUGUGAGAUCAUUGGCCGGGUCAAUGCGGAUCCAGACUAUCUUCCCAGAGCCGUGGACUUUGGGCUGAACGUGUCGGGCUUCCUGGAGCAUUACUGUCCGCCCGAUUGUCCCCGCGCCUUCUUCCCCAUUGCUGCUGUGUGCUGCGACCUCGACGCUGACAAACGCCCGCCCUUUUCCAAACUGGAGGAGUGGUUGGAGAACCUGAAGAUGCACUUGGACAUCAGCCUCCCGCUGGUGUCGGAAGUGGAGCAGCUGCAAAAGAGCUUCUGGGAGAGCAACAGCGUCACCCGCACUGAGAACGGCCUGCACGUCCACCCUGAGCAGCCAGAGUAAGGACGGGGAUUCCUACAGGAGGACGGCGGUCCUCUGUAGGCGAAAGAAAGAAUGAUGGUGUAAUCAUUGCACGCGCACCUCCAUGACGACCCGGCCUAGCUCAGGACCAGCUAGUAGUCUCAGGGGGACAAAGGUGUGUCGGGAAAAAAAACACUUUGACCACAACCGCUUGCCGCACCUGAUGCUUCAUAGAGCAUGUCGUAUGCAAUCACAUCCGUCUUUCCCGCCCUGGCAGUUUGCUAGCAUCAAUGAGGUUGUUUGCAGGUGUCACAUGACGCAGAUAGUUAGCCAUCUUUACAGCUUACUAGCGAGCAACUGUACUUCAGGUCCAAUCCUACACAAGCAGGAGUGCCUACUGAGCUGAAAUGUCUUCGAUAGUGCACUAGUUUGUACAUAGCUGGUUGUAAAUGUGGUAAAUAUUGUACAAUGUAAAGACUUAUUUUAUAUACGUAUUGCAGCAUGGCCAUAUUUUGUUAUGGCUGACCUGGUGAAGAUUGAGACGUUUGACUGCAGUUUAAUGAGGGCUCAGCGUUUGAUAGACUAACAUCGGCUUUUUAUCUCACGAUGCUCCUUUUACAUCCUCCAUGAAUUGUAGCGUUUGGAAUAAGACGGGAGAUCUUCAAGAUACAGAUAUCUUUUUAUCGUUCUCCUUAAUGGUACCAAAUACUGUCUUCUAGUGACUGCCCACCUACUGUAAUGUUUGUUUACAUCCUAUCUGUAAAUACCACGUCUUAGUGUGUGUGUGCACUGCGAUUAAUAUACGCCGCUUCAAAUAACCGCUUCCACAAAUGUCUCUGGCUAUAUGGCACCUUUUCAAAAUGGCAAAUUUCUGGCUUACGUUGUCACAAGUUGCAUGGUACAGUAGCUACAGUACGGUCUGCCCGCCUUCUAAAAGCCUGUGUAAUCUCAUGUUAAAUAAGGACUUUUU